AUGCAUUGCUUUCUUGGCCUGUUGAUUUUUUGGCAUUUAUCACUUCUAUCCCAUGCUUCGAGCGAAACAGAUGCCGCAUGGGAACACUGGAAAAACAGUUAUAAUAAAGUGUACAACAGUCCAUCUGAAGAGGCUCACCGCAGAGCAAUUUGGGAAGCAAAGGUGAAGAGUAAUCAUGAACAUAAUCUGAAAUAUGACCUCGGCUUGGUCACGUAUCUAAAAGGAUUGAAUCAGUUCAGUGAUAUUACUUCGGAUGAAUUUGUACAUACUUACUCGUCGAUCGCAAAGAAACCACGAAGAAAGAAUGUGAUAGAAUACACGCAUAAAGCGAAGCGUGAUAUUCCAGAACGGAUCGACUGGAGAGAAAAGGGAGUAGUGACAUCGGUGAAGAAUGAGGGUCCAUGUGGUGCUCAUUGGGCUUUUGCUACUACCGCCGCACUGGAGAGUCAAUACGCAAUGCAUUUCAACGAGUCUAUAAGUCUGUCGGAUCAGCAACUACUGGACUGUAGUGAGUAUUACGGCACCCUCGGAUGUUUUGGAGGCUCGCCACUAAACGCUUAUGAAUAUGUGCUCGAGUACGGGCUUCAAACAGAUGAAAUGUAUCCAUACGAAGAAAAGAAAGGUCACUGUCGCUAUAAUGAAUCCGCGUCCAUCAUUCGUGUCAAAGCAUACUAUAUUGUGGCUGACGACAACGAAACUGCACUACAGUCUUUGGUAGCCAGUUUUGGUCCUACUAUCGUAAAGGUUGAUGGGGAAUACGGAUUUCGGGAUUACACGUGCGUCUUAAAUUUGGAAAACGAUGAAACUUUGUCGAUAUACCUUACAUAUUUUUCUUUUCAUGCCAUAUUUGAAAUGUUUAUAGUGUUAACUGGUCGUGAACAUGAGAAAGAUGCUCCUGCUAACAGUGAAGAAGGUUGUGAUGUGUUUCGCGGUGCUGGUGUUACGGGCGGUAUAUAUAAGUCGGAUAACUGUUCCACCUUCGCUGUGACCAACGAUCUGCUACUCGUCGGAUAUGGCCGCGAAAACAAUACAGAUUACUGGAUUUUGAAAAAUAGUUGGGGUACCGCCUGGGGUGAAAGUGGCUACAUGCGAAUGGCACGCACGGGCAAAAAUAUGUGUGGUAUCGCAACCGAAGCUAGUGUACCCCGCAUUGAGCAAUAUGAUCCACCCGAACAGGAGACCAACGAGAACAACUAA